AAGACUGUGGGCUCACGCCAUUCUUUAAUCUACCAAGCACGUGCUCGUUCACAGCCGUCCAUUUCUGAUCGAAUGGUAUCCAUGCCGUGCCCGGCUCCUCCAAGACCUUAACCCCACACUCCUCUCCCUCCUCACCCCUCUCCCGGCCGCCGCCGCCGCCGCCGCCAGAGCCGAGGAUGCCGAGCGCCUUCCACUCCCUCCUCCUCCCCCUCAAACGGAAGCGUAAAUCCAAGCACCGCCGGAGCCGCAUUCACCCAAAGGGGAACGAGCCAAGCAAACCCAUUAACCACCUCCCCGUGGGUGCCGCCGCCGGAGACCCGUCCUUCCACCUGAAGAGCUCAACUUCGGCCUCCGCCGCGACCGGCGGCUGUAUCGUCCAGCCGCUCGGCAACCUCCUCCUCUCCGCCUCCCCGCGGGCCAACCUCCGCGACGCGGGCCUCGGCGCGCUCCGCCCGCUCCCGGACGACCUCCUCCUCGACGUCCUGGGUCUCCUCCCUGCGCGGGACCUCGCCGCGCUAUCGGCCGCGUCCAAGGCCCUCUGCGUCGUCGCCUCCCACGACCCGCUCUGGCGCACCCUCGUCCUCGAUGAGCUCGGCGGCGGUUUCGACUUCGCCGGGUCAUGGCGCGCCACCUACAUCGCCGCCGCCUCUGGAGGCCGGGGCCACCUCCCCCCGCGCGUUCUUCAGAUCAAGGGCUUCUACUCCGACUACCUCUUCCAGAGCUGGCUCUGCGCCAACAUGGAGAUGCGGCCCGAGUGGCUGGCCCGGGACAACAUCGAGCGCCGACGCGGCAUGUCCGUGGAGCAGUUCGUGGCCGAAUUUGAGGAGCCCAACAGGCCAGUGCUGCUGGAGGGGUGCCUCGAGAGCUGGCCGGCAUUGCAGAAAUGGACCAGGGAGUAUCUGCUGGAAGUCUCUGCCGGGAAGGAGUUUGCUGUCGGGCCGGUGAGCAUGACACUGGAUAGGUACUUCCGGUAUGCCGACAAUGUGCAGGAGGAGAGGCCAUUGUACCUCUUUGAUGCAAAGUUUGCCGAGAAGGUUCCAGAGAUGGGGAGGGACUACGAGGUGCCGGUGUACUUCAGGGAGGACCUCUUUAGUGUUCUUGGGGAGGAGAGGCCGGAUCACCGGUGGGUUAUCAUUGGACCAGCCGGGUCGGGAUCAUCGUUCCAUGUGGAUCCUAACUCAACAUCGGCAUGGAAUGCUAUCAUCAAGGGGGCCAAGAAGUGGGUGAUGUUCCCACCCGAGGUUGUGCCACCAGGCGUCCACCCGAGCGUGGAUGGAGCAGAGGUCACUAGCCCUGUUUCUAUCAUGGAGUGGUUCAUGAACUUCUAUGGGGCUUGUAAGACCUGGGAGAAGAGACCCAUCGAGUGCGUCUGCAGGGCUGGGGAGGUUGUUUUUGUGCCUAAUGGAUGGUGGCAUUUGGUGAUCAAUCUUGAGGAGUCCAUUGCCAUUACCCAGAAUUAUGUGAGCAGGAGGAAUUUGUUGAACGUUCUUGACUUUCUCAAGAGGCCCAACGCAAGCGAGCUUGUCUCAGGAACCAAGGACAGGGUGAACCUGCAUGACAAGUUCCGUGAUUCCAUAAACACAACUUACCCCGGCAUGAUCAAUCAGCUUGAACUUGAGGCGCAGCAGAAGGCCGCUGCUCGGAAGAAGAAAGCAUCGUUCUGGGAUUCUGCUGUCGACGCCAACACCGGAGGAUUCAAGUUCUCUUUCUGAAUUUCGCGGCAGCUAGGUCUGCGAUCCUCAUACUUGAUCCGCUUUUCUUGGCAAGAGUUCUGCAAUUUUGUGGUUCCAUUUCUCAUAGAGCAGUCAAUUUCGAUGUGCUCCGAGAGAACCUGAAUGGACAAGGUUUCGUGAGCUUUCGCAUUGAAGUGUUCACAAGGAACCUGGCUAACUGAUUCUCUGGUUUGUGCAAGGCUACGAGCUGAGCGGUCAUAUUAAUGGCAUCCUAAAUUUUGAAAUAAUUUAGUCCAAGAACAAUUACAUCGUUGUUGUAGCAUGUAACUUAUUAUGUCCUGAUACAACUGAGGAUUGUUUUUUGAAGGAAUUAAGUCCCAAGAACAAGUACAUUGUUGUUGUACCAUGUAACUUAUAUCCCGAAACAAUUGAGAAUUGGCUUUACCAAAAAAAAAAAAAACAAUUGACCUUUGGCCUUCUA